CUGUUUUCAAUUGUUUAAACUGACAGUGCAAAUGAAGGUUUGCUAGCUUAAAAUGGCUUAUCUAGAGCUACAUGUAAGAUGUUUGUUUUGAUAUUUUUAAUUGUUUCGGUUUGUAAGUUAAAACCGUUAAAUGUAGGAUUUAAAUCACUCUGCUCAGCUCUUGGAAACACAGCAUCUCCGUCUACAACGGGUUACUGAAAGUACCCUAAAUUUAUCAUGGAAGUCGGCACGGUUGUACAAGAAGAACUGCGAUUUCGUGGAGUUGAUUUUGCCGUUAAAGUGGAACUGCAAGAUCGCUUACUAACAGUUGAGAUUUCGGAUAUCAUGACAGCAGACCAGUGGAGUGGGGAAUUCGAUCCAGCCUACAUUGAAGAUCUCACUCGCAAAACUGGAAACUUUAAACAGUUCCCUAUAUUCUGUAGCAUGCUCGAAUCUGCAGUCAGUAAGUCUAGUGAGUCCGUAACGCUUGAUCUGUUGACCUACUCGGACCUGGAGCUUUUGCGGAACAGGAAGGCAGGUGUGGUGGGGAGACCACGUACCCAACAGCAGUCCUCUGCUCUCAGUGCUAAACGCUACCUCAUCCUCAUCUACACUGUGGAGUUCGAUAGGAUCCACUACCCAUUGCCACUGCCAUAUGUUGGUAAGCCUGAUCCUGCAGCCCUCCAGAGAGAGAUCAGGGCACUAAGGGCUGAACUAAAUGCCAUGAGGACGCGAGGAGACCAUGCGGUGUCAGACCAAGAGAGCCGCCGACUGCGUGCAGAGCUGGCUGUGGUCAGGGAGGAGAAGGAUGCGCUGGCUGAAGCUCUGGAGCAAUUGCGAGUAGGGACUGGCUCCAAUUCAGGGACUCGGGGGCUCAGAGAAGUGGUGCGCAGUCUAGAGGAGCAGCUUUUAAAAGAGAGAGCAAAAAGCCAACGUUCAGCAAGCAAGAGGGGUCAGGAACAGCGCCAUCUAAUGGAGCAGUUGGAAGAACUGAGGGCCUCGGAGCGAGCUCUACGAAUACGUGUGAAGAGUCUGACCACAGAGUUAGCUGUGUUGCGCCGGGGGCGGAUUACACCGGUUCUGACAGGCCGGAGUGGGUCCAGGGGUGAGGUAGAUCGUCCGCGGUCGGCUUCAAGGGAACGUGGUUUACCCCGAGCAGGGAUGAGAGCUCGCUCAGGAUCCAGAGAGAGAGUAGAGGAUCGGAGCAGGAGGUCAGAAGAGAGGGGGAGGAGGUCAGGGUCUUCAGGUGCACCCAACCACUUCUCAAGACCUUCACCGUCUCCAACAGGGUCAAGAGGGCCACGAUUUGACCCAACAGCUUAUGUUCAAGAGCGACAACGGUGCCAAAAAGAGACAGAACUCAAGAACCAAAGGAAGCUCAGAAGGGACAUGUUGGCAUCGCCAACUCAGAAGGAACGCGGUCGUUCACGGUCCAGAGAACAUGUUCCUCAGUUGAUCAGACGGGGGAGUGCUGGCCGGUGCAGGAGCACAUCUGUAGAGAGCAGGAGGAGUCGUCACUCUUCUGAAAGCUCGCUGGCUGAGUUUGAGGAUCUCGCUAAGCCUCUGUAUAGCAGAGGAAGAAAACUGGCAUAUAUUGGUCCAGCUAAGAUAAGAGGAAGACACUUGAACAAAAAGCCAAUGUGUAGCACUCCAACACAAAGAGUGAAAGAGUUUUCUGCGGAUACAGGAGCGGACCUUUCGGAGAUUGAUGCUCGGCUCCAGGCUCUGCAGGAGUACAUGAGGGACCUGGACACAGGAUGCUAGCAAUACUUGGUGAAUUUUCCUUCAUUAGGGUUUUAUUGUACAAGCUGGUGGUGACAUUCAUCAGGAUGGACAAUUUUUUUGUUUGUUUUUAUCUCACUGUUCAAACAGAGGUGUAGAACUUGACCAGUCCUAGAAGAUAUGUGCAAUUAUGGAUAAAUCCUCUUUAAACUCUGAAAGCAUGACAUUUUUAUUCCAAUUGACCCUUGCUUGACUUAAAGGACUCAGGGUCCAUGCGUGAAAUUAGGAUAUUUAUAUGUAGUAUAACUGUUUUCACUAAUUUGUACAUAUUUUGACAUUUUUAUACAAAAAUUUUUAAUUUCUAUGUCUUUGCCUAUGAUCUAUUUUCUAAAAUGUUACCUUAUGAUGGUAUCACUUGAUGGGAUUUUGUUUAAUUAGUUGAAAUUCACUCAUUUACAUAUAAAACCUUUCCACGUUUGGUUUCAAAUUUAGAAAACAUAUGCAAAGUUGUCAGAAAUGUUUACACAAUAUUCGCCCUUUACCCCAGGUAUGACUGAUCAGUUAAAGCAUGCUUGGUGUACUGCCUUUGCUUUAUUAGGGCCCGAGCCCUAUGGGCGAAGGCCCUAUUGUUCUUGUAAGAGUUCACUAUUAUUAGGGCCCGAGCCCUACUGGGCGAAGGCCCUAUUGUUCUUGUAAGAGUUCACUAUUCUUCUUCUUCUUCUUCUUCUUCUUCUUCUUCUUCCGUCUUCUUCUUCUUCUUUAUUUUUCUCCGCUGUUGGGCCAUUUUCGGGGCGCUUGCCAUGGGCGAAAACGCGCGAAAUUUGGCACCAGUUCCGAGAAUUGCCACCGCUACUC